UGUAAAGUCAGGAUCCUAUUGGAUAAAGGCUUCUGCAGAUCAGAUCACUCUCAGGAAGUGUGCAUCACUUUAAAGUGACGGUGACCAACGUCUGAGCAGCUGCUGAAUGUGUCCCUUCAGGAGAUCCGGGAGAUGAAAACUGUCCUCCGCCUGGCAGCAGUGGCAGUUCCCAUGGGUGUCCUGCUGUCCCGCACCAUGACGUGGAUGUCCAGCGGAAAAACGCACCCAGAGCUCAUCGGCAGACUGAGAGAUCAUGGGGUAAUUCGGAGCGACACAGUAUUUUAUGCCAUGCUGGGCACUGACAGAGGACUUUACUCCAGAGACUAUCCUUAUGCAGACUCUCCACAGACUAUAGGCUGUAGGGCGACCAUCAGUGCUCCACACAUGCAUGCACAUGCUUUGGAGUUGUUGAGCGACAAACUAGUUGAAGGGGCGUCUGCACUGGAUGUAGGCUCAGGAAGUGGCUAUCUCACCGUCUGUUUUGCAAGAAUGACGGGACCCAGUGGUAGAGUGGUUGGCAUCGAACACAUUAAUGAACUUGUUCAGAUGUCGAUAAAAAAUGUGCAAAGUGACGACCCAGAACUGCUGUCGUCUGGACGCGUAAGAUUUGUGUUUGGAGAUGGAAGACAUGGAUAUCCAGAUGGAGCACCGUAUGAUGCCAUUCAUGUUGGUGCAGCUGCAGCUACUGUUCCCAAAGCUCUCUUGGAGCAGCUGAAGCCAGGUGGGCGGUUGGUUCUUCCAGUGGGCCCAGAAGGUGGCAGUCAGGUGCUGGAACAAUACGAUCGGCAAAGUGAUGGGACCUUCUUGAAAAGGGCGCUGAUGGGAGUGGUUUACGUCCCCUUGACUGACAAGACACAUCAGUGGCCAGGAUGAACUCUGACUGCAGUGUGGUUGCUCCUACAGGAGGUGGCGAUGGUGCUGCAUCUCUGGGGUCCCAUAGUUCUCACAGUCUUGCUGAGCUUCUGGCCGUAUUAACUUAUGCUCCACUUGGGUAGCACCUAGCAAUGCAGAAGGAGGAUCAUGCUCUCUUUGUUUGGACAGAUUGUCUAAAAUAAUAAGUGACUAAAUAACAUAUCACUGGUCUACUGAUUAACUUCUUUCCAAAGUUCUUGGAUGAAGCUAACCAGUGGCAUGGAUGGCAUGGAAGUGAUUUUCAGAGGGAGAGCUUGAGAAACAGUAAAUUGUAACAACUAGAAAAGCAACAUACUGUAACUAAAACACUUUGCAUAUUAAAAUAGUCUAUAUAUUUUGCAGAAUGAGUGCUUCCUACUUACUAAUACUUUUUGAAUAGGAUAAGAAGAGAAUGAUGUGCCGAAAAAACUGAGACAUUUUUAAACAACAGAAAUAUUGUAAUUUUGUGUCUGUCAUAUUUCUUAAUAAAUGGCAGUAAAAAUGA